AUGACCUUGCAACACCAGCUGGCUUCUGGCACAGAAACCCCUGCCCUGGGUUUUGUGCCCAGCAUUCGUGCUCUGUAUGCUGCAGUGAAAGCAGGAAGAGAAGAAGGAGAAGGGGACAUUGGUGGAGCCAUGGCUGCCGUCCUCCUCCCAGGAAACCUUCAAGAUGAAGCCACUUGCUCGGUUUGCCUGGAAUAUUUCAAAGACCCUGUCUCCAUCCAAUGUGGGCACAAUUUCUGCCGGGUUUGUAUCACCAAGAGCUGGAAGAGCCUGGAGGUGGACUUCCCUUGCCCCCAGUGCAGGGAAGUAUUCAAGGAGAAAAGCCUCAGGCCCAACCGACAACUGGCCAACAUGUCUGAGAUCAUCAGCCAGUUCAUCCUGCAUGGUGGGAGAGGCCUUGAGGAGGACAGGAUCUGUGAGAAGCAUAAGGAAGCCCUGAAGCUUUACUGCAAAGAUGACCAGAAGACCAUUUGUGUGGUGUGUGAUCGGUCUCGGGACCACCGGCCUCAUGCAGUGGUGCCUGUAGAAGAGGCAGCCCAGGAAUACAAGGAACAAAUACAGACUCGCUUGGAUUUCUUGAAGAAAGAGAGACAAGAACUCCUGGAAUUCAAAACUCAGGAUGACAAGAAGAGCCAAGAAUUGCUGAAAACCAUAGAAACUGAGAGACAGAAGGUCCUUUCUGAAUUUGAAGGGCUACGCCAGUUUCUUCAUGAACAAGAACAGAUUCUCCUUGGACAGCUGGACAAGAUGGAGAAGGGCAUCGUGAAAAGACAGAAUGAAAACAUCACAGAGCUGUCCAAGGAAAUUUCCCUCCUCAACAAAUUCAUUGCUGAUCUGGAAGACAAAAUCCAAGAACCAUUGCUUGAUUUCCUCAAGGAUGUGACAAUUACUAUUGCCAGAAGUGACAAUGUUAAAUGUCAGAAGCCUAUUCCAGUUUCCUCUGACAUGAAGGGCCACAUCUCAAACUUCUCUCUGAAGACGGUGGCACUCAAUGGAGCACUUAAGAAGUUCAAAGAUCAUCUCCGGGAUGAACUGGGGAAAGGUGAGAAAGAGGACUUGCUUCUGGAUCCGGAGACGGCCAACCAUCUCCUACUCAUCUCGCCGGACCUCAAGACGGUGCGGAUGGGCUGCCGCAAGCAAGACCUCUCUGACAACCCCAAACGCUUUGACACCAAUUCUCGAGUCCUGGCAACGGAAGGGUUCAAGUCUGGGCGGCAUUACUGGGAGGUGGAGGUGGGGUCUGCCGAUGGUUGGGCCUUUGGCGUGGCCAAGGAGUCGGUGAGAAGGAAAGGGCUGACUCAGUUUUGCCCCGAAGAGGGCAUUUGGGCCCUGCAGCAAAAUGGGGGGCAAUACUGGGCAGUCACCACCCCUCAACGCACCCCGCUUUUCCUGAACGAGAAGCUGAUUAAAGUUAGAGUCUACUUAGACUACGAAGGAGAAGAAGUGUCCUUCUACAACGCUGACACCAUGCAACACCUCUUCACCUAUAACAUCGCCUUCACAGAAAAGAUGUUCCCGCUCUUCUCGGUGUGCUCCACUAUAACCUAUAUUAAACUUUGCUGCUGA